AUGAUGAGUUUCCAAGUGCAUCUAAUCCUGGUAGCGGCGGCGUUGGCGGCCCUAGCGACGGUGGCGCAUUCGGGCGAGCACCUCCUGUAUGUGGGCAAGAGCGGUUCGUACGGUAUGGGACAGGGGCUGGUGGCGGAUUCGAUGGAGCAGGACAUGAUGAUGGACGAGCCUAGCCGGCGCCACCUAAGUUCGGCCGGAUACAUCAGCUACGGCGCCCUCAUGCGGAACAAGAUUCCGUGCGAUCAGAAAGGGCAGUCGUACUACAACUGCCGCCACCACGAGGUCGCCAACCCCUACAACCGCGGUUGCACUAGGGUUACUAAUUGCGCUAGAAGUACCGUUUGA